UAAUAUUCUGAAGAAGUAUGUUAAGGAGUCUGGUAAAGACUGGGACAUUAAAUUUGUUUUAAUGGCGAUUAGAGCUACACCUAGCACUGCUACCAAAUUGUCACCUUUUGAAUUGAUGACAAGAAGAAAGAUGGUUCUACCACAGCAUUUACUAUAUCGUACUUCGGAUCAUAACUUGAUCAAUGCCGCCACUACGCAUCAGUAUAUCGAAGAUUUGCGCAAGCAUUUACAGCAUGCGUUUGCUUUUGCCCAAAAGAAUCUAGAAAAAGCAGCGACAGGGGUUAAGACCUAUUACGAUUUAAAAACCACGAAAAAGGAAUAUGAGAUAACAGAGCAAGUCUAUCUGUAUAACUUUGCGAAAAUAAAUUUUUACCUUCUUGGAAAGGGCCAUAUGUCAUCAUUGACAAAAUUUCCCCUGUAGCGUAUAAGAUAAAAAUUCCUAAGGAUGGUGAUUUUAAUGAAAAGUGGGUUCACAUUAACCAGUUGCGUGCUUGUCAUCCUAAAUCUCAAUUAAGGAUUAUAGGUGUGGAUUCGGAUGCAGAAGAGUGAAGACUAACCUGGAUGAAUGCUUGAUUCACGUGGUAUCGUAUGAUGUGAAAUGUUGUGAUGUGCCAUGAUCUCAUCUACGUUCAUGUCAUUAACCAUUUCCUAGCCAUCCAAUAACUACAUUUUCUAAGCAGGUUACUAGCAGGUUUAGCUGCUAUAGGCGAAUUACUGAAGAGUCAGUAAUAAAUGUAGUGAGGGAUGAAGUUAUAAAAAUAGAAUUAGAGAGAAUACAUAUGUUGAUGAAUCGUAAUAAUGUGUUGUCCUAGGCCAAGUGAUGUCAUACUGUUAUAAGUUUGUAUGCUUAACAAACCUUGAAUCAUUAGUAGAUAAGUCUGAAACGAGUUCCUGAUCCGUGACUGUCGAAAGAUGUCCAAGAAGGAUGUGGCGUGUUUCUGGAUCGUACUGCCCCUGUGCCAAGAGCUACGGACCGACCCGAUCGCAGAGAUGGGACCAUCCUCCGGCAUACUGAUUCAAGAGACACCAGGGUUCAUCUUGACAGAGAAGAGGAUCCUGACCCGACGUGUGUUCGUCAGCUUGGACCCUAAGAUUUCCAUUGAGAAGGCAUACAACAUUUCAUCGAUGCAGCUUCCUGAGUUACAAACUUGGUACCAGAUGCACCUCCAAACAGCACAGGACCGUGUGCGGAACAUCUUGGAGCAAGCCCGGAAACCAUUUGUAUCCAGUACUAUUUCGAUGAGCAACCGACCCAAAAGGUUCCUUACCGCCAUAAUUGUUGCAUUAGUUUGUGCCACUGUCGGUGCAGUUGUCACAACUGGAAUGUCUGCAGCCAACUCUAUUACUGUCCAAAAGCUGGAUAUGGAAAUCUAUGCGCUAAAGCAACACAUUAACGAUAUUCAUUAGGUGAUAAAUCAGCAAAGAACACUUCUCCAAGAUGUGUUAACUAUUGUGCAAGACACAGUUAUUAUAACAAAUUUUCAUUCAGAGUUAAUUGCCAAAUCCACUGAGUUGCACCAAAGUCAUGACUUAUUUAAGCGUGAACUUCUAUUUCUACAUGACCCAAUAUUGUUCCACACACUUGCUUUUUUUUUUUUUGACGAAGUGCAAAUUGGUCAAAUUGGCAGGGGGAAGCAUACCUCUGUACUUUGUAUCCAACGAUAUUCUUCAUGCGAUGCUUGCCAGUGUGGAUGGAGAAACAAUUGAGCCUAUGCAAUUAAAUCUGGCCUUUGAGAUGGGGAGCGCUAUACCUCUCUUAAUUGAUCCGGAACGUAUGGAGAUUUGCUUUUUAUUGGCCAUACCAUAUGUAACUCCCAAAAACAUUUUUCAAAUGAAAACAAUUUACAAUAUUAAUAAUAAUAUUAUGGUUGAUUAUACUAAGUGUGAAGUUCAAAGCUCUUACAGGUACAAAAAUGUUAAUUCCACGCACGGGUGUAUGUCAGUAGAAAUGAUGUGCACAAUAUGUCUGGUAACUGCUAUAGUGCUUAUUCAUAGACUAAAUUAAUCAUUGCUAUGAAAAAUCACUAAGGGAGAUUAUAUCAGGAUAUUUAUAUUGGCAGACAUUUUGUGCUAAGAAAGAAAUUAAAAAUGUAUAUUGCAAGAGUCACUCAGAACAGAGCAGACUCCAUUUUGCUAUCUUCAGGAUAACAAAGACACAUAAUUUCCUUGCUUUCACUAACCACUGAGCCUGAGCUAAGGAAUGCAUUAUAUAAGCACAGACACUAGUGACAGAGAAGACUAAGUAAUUAAUUUUAUAUACCUAGGAGGAUCUAGCCAGCAUUGGAAGGGUUACUCAGUUGAUUUAACUGUUAGCCAAGGUUUUUGCUGGGCUGUGUGAAGUUGAUGCUGUAGCUUUGUAAUGUGUUUAGCCAUUGUAUUGCAUACUUAUGUUAUACUAAAUAUUCACUGAUUAUUAUCAUGCAUGCUGCCUAAUAUUAUUG